ACAAGGCCCCGCGGAUUUAGGUUAAAAGCCUGUAGCCCCCUUCCCCGGUAUUAUCCACACCUCCUUUCUCCCUCUUUCUCCCACGUACGCCAGCCAAAACCCCUUCUCCGCCCUCUUCUUCUCGCUCCUCGUCCUUCUUAGUCAGUUGAAACCCUAGAAAUUUCGAAAUCCUGGGAGGGGAAGGUUGCCCCUGUCGUCCAUGUCGGGCUCCACCAACCUGUGGGUUCUGCUGGGGCUGGGCCUCGCCGGGGUGCUCCUUGUCACGCGCAAGCUGCGGCGGGUGGUGAAGGUUGACCUCGGCGCCUUCGUAGAGCGGCUCGAGCUCCUCCCGCCGCCUCCCCCGCCCCCUCCCAAGGCCCCCCACCCCUUGACCGGCCUCACCUUCGCGGUCGCCGACAUAUUUGAUAUCUAUGGAUAUGUAGCUGGUUUUGGCACUCCAGAAUGGACAAGAACACAUGAUUGUGCAACACAAACCUCUCCAGUGGUUUUAGCACUUGUAGAGGGGGGCGCUACUUGUGUUGGAAAAACAGUCAUUGAUGAGAUGGCAUUUAGCAUAACUGGCGUUAACAAACAUUUUGAUACACCAACAAACCCUGCAGCUCCUGAAAGAAUCCCUGGGGGAUGCUCGAGCGGGUCAGCUGUAGCUGUUGCUGGCGGCAUAGUAGAUUUCUCCUUGGGGGUUGACACCAUUGGUGGAGUAAGGGUACCUGGUGGCUUUUGUGGUAUCUUAGGUUUCCGGCCUUCGCAUGCAGCUGUCUCUAACGUUGGUAUUAUUCCUGUUUCACCAAGCCUCGACACUGUAGGAUGGUUUGCAAAAGAUCCUAGUAUCCUGCGUCGUGUUGGUCAUAUACUGCUGCAACUUCCAUAUGCUGAUUCUCGCCAGCCUAGAAACAUUAUGAUUGCAGAUGAUUGUUUCGAAUUAUCAAAAAUACCAGCAAGCAGGUUGACUCAGGUGGUGAUAAAAUCUGUCGAGAAGCUACUUGGAAGGCAAGUCUUAAAGCAUGUAAAUCUUGGGAAUUAUUUGGCUUCUAAAGUAUGCAGCCUGAGAGAGCUUCAAAGUGGGAGUAAAAAUGGAGAAUCUAAACUUUCUUCAUUAGUAUCACUUGCAAAUGCCAUGCGAGUACUUUACACGCAUGAGUUUAAGGAUAAUCAUAUGGAGUGGAUCAACUCAGUUAAAUCCGCCCUUGAUUCCAACAUAUUGAGUAGUUUGUCGAGUGUUAGCAGUGAGCGUAUUGGCGUUUGCCAUUCUGCAAGAAAUGAAGCACGUUUAGCUCUCAAUGCUUUACUGAAGGAUGAUGGAAUUCUCGUCCUUCCUACUGUUUUAGGACUUCCCCCAAAGCUUAAUUCAAGAGAAAUCUCAUCCGAAGGCUACAACCUCCAUACAUUGUGUCUCACGGCUGCAGCUAGCAUGUCUGGCUGUUGCCAGGUGACUGUACCAUUAGGAUUAUAUGAAAAAUGUCCAGUGUCAGUUUCCUUUAUUGCAAGGAAUGGAGGAGAUCGUUUCUUACUAGAUACCAUCCAAACCAUGUACAGCACUCUUCAAGAACAAAUAGAUGUCGUUCAGAAAUCCAGUGUUUCGAGUACUAGUGCCAGCAAGGAAGAAUCUGCAGAAAUUGCUAAAGAGAAAGGAAACCUGGCUUAUAAAGAGAAACAGUGGCAAAAAGCAAUUAAUCUAUAUACUGAAGCAAUCAAACUAAAUGGAAAGAAUGCAACAUAUUACAGCAACCGAGCAGCUGCAUAUCUAGAGCUGGGGAGUUACCGUCAAGCUGAAGCAGAUUGCACCAGUGCAAUCAACCUUGAAAAGAAGAAUGUCAAAGCUUAUUUACGAAGGGGAACUGCACGUGAGAUGCUUGGUUAUUACAAAGAGGCAGUAGAAGAUUUCAAAUAUGCCCUUGUGCUAGAACCAACCAACAAGACUGCAAAUCUUGCUGUCAAUAGACUAAAUAAGUUAUUCCAGUAGGCACGUACGAAAAAGCAGUAAUACAUGAAAGCCAUGUCUUCCUAGCUCUCAAAGAUAUCGUCUUAGACAUUUGUGCAUCCGGCCCUAGAUGCGUGAUUUGGAGACAAAUGGUAGUGCACCAGAACAUCGUCUACGACAGAUCCUGGCCUCUCAGCGGUGUCACAAUAUAGUUAAAUCAGACACUCAAUUUGCUCCAUCAUCAACAAGCUUUAGUUUCUCCUUGUUUUGGAGGUGUCCUGAAAGUUUUGUUAGCACCUUGUGUUAGACGGUUGGUUUAAAUAUCGAUGCUUCAAUAUUGUUUUCUUUAUAGCUUUUACUAUUUUUGACGAUGUACAAUAAGAUGAUCAAUUUAUUUGUUGUGGGUCUCACGAAUUUGGUUUGUUUAAUAAAAUUUGCGAUCAGUUUGCAUUGAUCAAGCUGGCUUGUAGUUGGGUA